AUGGUUGAACGGAAAAAUCGUGAUCUCAAACCUCGACUGGCCAUUAUGGUAGGAGACGAUCAUACCUCUUGGAUCGACAAGUUAUCAACUAUAAGAUUUGCAAUGAAUUCAGUAUAUUGUGCAACCACAGGAAGCACCGCUGCCUACUUAACCUUCGGUAGAGAACUUAGGACUCCCGAUGAUAUCCAUAACGAUAUUCGAACAGUGGUUCAGAGUGAAAACCUUUUACCUCAAAUUACUCCGUUCCUAGAUAAAAUUGCAGCUACUUGGAAAGAGGCUAAGGAACUUUACGAUCUUGAACAAGAUCGUCAAAAGCAAUAUUCAGACCAGAAACGGACCGCAGCUCCCUUGAAUCAGAUUGGUGAUAAAGUUUGGGUAACUACUCAUACACACAGCGACUCCAAAAAGGGAAUAACUUCCAAAUUUGAUCCAAAGCGGGAUGUUCCAUAUGAUAUUUGCCGACAAGUAUCUCCUGUAUCAUUUGAGAUAUGUGACCCUGAAAGUCCAACUAUUCCUCUUGGGGUAUAUCAUGUAUCAGCCCUCACUCCUCACCUUGGAACUGGAAAUGAUAAGCCUCAAAUUGCUAUCAAAAAACUAGGUCGACCUCCGAAGAAGAAAAAGAUUCUGGUUCCAUGUCGGGACGACUUGUGUAACCAGAGGGGGAGACUAUAA